GGUGGGGAGCUGGAGGCUCUCGGUGGAGGCUGCCACAGCGAGGCCUCUCCCUGCACUGCCAGGCCCGCUGCCUAUGGAAGCAAUCGAGAGAAUGGCCAGGCUGUGCAUGAGAGACCCGGAUGAGGAGGAGGAGGAGACAGAUGACGACGUGGAGGCCGAUGAUGACCUGCUGGCAGAACUCAAUGAAGUCCUGGGAGAAGAACAGAAGGCCGUGGAGCCCCCGCCAGCUGUGGCCCAGCCAAAGCCCUCAGCCCCCCACCCUGGGGUGGAGGCCACCCUGCAGGAGAGGCUCGCCCUCUACCAGUGCGCCAUCGAGGGCGCCCGGCAAGCGGGGGACAGCGCCAAGGUGCGGCGCUAUGACCGCGGGCUCAAGACUCUGGAGGACCUGCUGGCUGCCGUCCGGAAGGGCAGUGCCAUCGACGAGGGGGACAUCCCCCCGCCUGUGGCUGUGGGCAAGGGUCCGGGAAGCACGCCUAGCCACACCCCUGCACCCCCCCAGCCAGCCCCAGAGCCCCAGCCCCCCCUGCCGGGGCCCCCUGUCAUGGCCCCAGUGCUGGCUUCCUGCUCCUCCACACCCCAGCUCCCAUCAGGUAGGCAGGGGACACGGCCAGGGGACACGAGCAGAGCCCAGACAGAGGAGCCGUAUUCAGGAAGGACCAGGAG